AUGGAUUCUUCGAAAACGAAAAUUCUUGACGGUGAUGAAGAAUGUAGCAGCAGCGAGUCGGGCUGGACGAUGUACAUAGCUUCGUCGCCAGACCAAGAAACGGACAUCAUCGAUCAUGCAGAAAACCUUGAAGAAGAAGAAGAAGAAGAGGAAGCUGAUGUUAGCUUAGGUCGGCGGGGCCGUAAAGAGGACGAUGAUGACAUGGACAACGACGAUGACAUGGCUUCCGAUGCGUCGUCCGGCCCGAGCGAUCAGAACCGACGUUUGUACGAAAACGGUGCUUCGGCACUCGGCCAUGCAGGAAAAAAGGAUGAAAAGAAAAAGUCUACUGAUGAGAAAAAAUAUGAGAAGCAAAAAAAACAUCAUGAGAGGAAUGGAAGAAAAGGAGACAAAGACUGGUCGGGACACGGGGCGAAUAAGUAA